AUGGCGAGGGAGAACUUGAAGCUUACUUUGUUUACAUAUCCCCGCGAGUACGCCCAUUCCGAGAAGAGUUGCCACUCCAACCUUGGUACGCUUGUUGAGUUUGACAUUCCAAAGGAUGGCAAUGGGAAGGAAGGCCAGAAUGAAGUCGGUUACGGCGUUGACGAUGCUGUGGGCGAUGGUCACGCGCGGGACGACGUUUUUGUCGAUGCUUGGCAACCCCUUUUUGUGAGACUACAGGAGUACAUGGUUUGUUUGAUAGAAUUUGUGACUUACCAGCUCCCGCCGGAUGGAUCCAGGACUUGA